CUGAUUAUCUAUAUAAAUACCAAGCCAAUCUGUUGAUCUUUUAAGUCCCACAGACCAAAAGACACUCUCCUUUUGUUUCUCUCUCUCUUCACUUACUUUCAUUUGAUCCGCCAUGGCUACGGAACUCGAAAGCUCCAUAACAUUUGCCCUUUUGUCCAAAUGCAGCGUUCUAAGCCAAACUAACAUCGUUCUCUCUCUCAUCGCCGUCGCAAUCUUCUGGCUCUCCAUCACUCUCUUCUUCUGGACCUUUCCCGGUGGACCCGCAUGGGGCAAAUACCUCUUCCGCCGAUUAACUAACAAAACCGGAACGGUUAUUCCCGGUCCAAGAGGCUACCCUCUUGUGGGAAGCAUGUCUCUCAUGUCCAGCACUCUAGCUCACCGCCGAAUCGCAGACAUAGCAGAGAGAUUCGGAGCCAAGCGGCUUAUGGCUUUCAGCUUAGGCGAGACACGCGUGAUCGUCACGUGCAAUCCAGACGUCGCUAAAGAGAUUCUGAAUAGCCCGGUUUUUUCCGACCGUCCGGUUAAAGAAUCAGCUUACUCUCUGAUGUUUAACCGGGCGAUUGGUUUCGCACCACACGGUGUUUACUGGCGAACUCUGCGCCGGAUCGCUACGAACCAUCUCUUUAGCCCGAAACAAAUCAGACGAGCCGAGACGCAGAGGCGAGUGAUCGCGAGCCAGAUGGUUGGAUUUCUCGAGAAACAGAGUGCCAACGGACUCUGUUUUGUUCGUGAGUUGCUUAAAACGGCGUCACUAAGUAACAUGAUGUGCUCUGUUUUCGGAGAAGAGUACGAGCUUGAUACAGACCAUGAUGAGUUACGUGAAUUGGUAGAAGAAGGCUAUGAUUUGCUUGGAACAUUGAACUGGACCGAUCAUCUUCCUUGGUUAUCGGAAUUCGAUCCUCAGAGAAUCCGGUAUAGAUGUUCCACACUCGUACCUAAGGUAAACCGGUUUGUUUCUCGGAUUAUAUUCGAACAUCGCAAUCAAACCGGUGACUCUCCUCGUGAUUUCGUCGACGUUCUGCUCUCCCUCCAUGGUUCGGAUAAAUUAUCCGACCCGGACAUCAUCGCCGUUCUCUGGGAGAUGAUAUUCAGAGGAACAGAUACGGUGGCUGUUUUAAUCGAGUGGAUCCUCGCGAGGAUGGUCCUUCAUCCAGAGAUUCAAUCGACGGUACAGAACGAGCUUGAUCAGGUAGUCGGAAAAUUAAGAGCCGUAGAUGAGUCUGACUUGGCUGCACUCCCAUAUCUAACGGCUGUGGUGAAAGAAGUAUUGAGGCUUCAUCCUCCAGGCCCACUUUUGUCAUGGGCCCGCUUGGCCAUAACAGACACGAUCGUUGAUGGUCGUCUUGUUCCGGCGGGGACCACAGCAAUGGUGAACAUGUGGGCCAUAGCGCAUGAUCCACACGUGUGGGUCGAUCCUUUGGAGUUUAAACCCGAAAGAUUCGUGGCGAAAGAAGGUGAGGUGGAAUUUUCGGUUCUCGGGUCGGAUUUGAGGCUGGCGCCUUUCGGCUCGGGUCGUCGGAUCUGCCCCGGGAAGAAUCUGGGUUUGACAACCGUUACAUUUUGGACUGCGAGGCUGUUACACGACUUUGAAUGGGGACCGUCCGAUGGAAAUGGCGUUGACUUAUCUGAGAAACUGAGGCUUUCAUGUGAGAUGGCUAAUCCUCUUGCUGCUAAAGUGCGCUGCAGGCGCAUUUAAAAAGAAAAUUGAAGACUUAAAAUUAAUGGAAACAAAUUAUGCAGCUUUUUUGUUUUAUUAGAACUAACCUUUUGAUACGUGAGGUGUUUUUGUGUGAGUCUAUGUUGUGAUUUGUGAGUUUGAAAGGUGAUGUGUUUCUACUGUUGUAAAUACAGUGAAAGAAGUAAUUUAUACCGUUGUGUUUUUAAUUUCUAUAUUUAAAGCGUAAUUUGUUUUAGUUAUAAUUAUAUAAUAAUAUUAGAGAAAUGUUUACCGU